AUGACAUCCAGGCCAGGUUCAGUGGCUCCAAAGGGCCGUUCACGUCGGUCGGGCACUCCCUGGACCCGCGGCGGAUGUAUCACUUGCAAAGCACGCCGCAAAGGUGGCUGUGACCGAGCCACUCCCAGCUGCAACAACUGUCUCAAAGUCGGGCGGGUCUGCGAGGGAUAUGGCGAUCUAUGGGUCACCCCACUUGAUCCCUCUGCCCCGGUGUUCAAGGCAGAUCGAAGUCCGAAAAGACGACGGUUGAAUACCUCGUCGCCAGUGUCGUUGGAGCCGAAAUCACCGUCGCCGUCGCCGUCGCCUUCACUCACGACGUCUUUGAAUGAUCAGCGAGAGGAAUGGCGACUGGAUUCGCCGGCGACACCAGAUCAAUCAAGUCUGUUUUCUCCGCAAUGUCGGAUCAUCGACACCGAGGCAGAGAAUGCGGCUGAAGAGCAAUGUUCCGAAGAUCAAAGCAUUCUUGCGCGGAUCGUGACGCCGCAGGGCAUUCUCAGCCAUCUUUCAGGCAAUGAAGCUCACUAUCUGCAAUAUCACGAGGCGAUGGGCUCCCAGCGUCUGGCGAAUCUCGAGAGCGAGCAGAAUCCUCUCCGAUCAUUCCUCAUUCCCCGCGCCAUGUUUUCCCCUCUUCUCAUGAAGGCAGUGUGUGCCAUCUCCGCGAUGCAUCUUUUUAAUCGGACAGAAAGUCCCGAUGCCAAGUUCGCAUCUAUUGACUUCUACGGCCGGGCCUUGCGGGGGUUGCGCGGCAUUAUAGAAGAGUCGGCCACGAAAGCGAUACCCGAUGAUGCGCUGCUAGCCGUGGGCACUGCACCGACUCAUUUUGUCUCGGGUGGGUUGGGUACAAUGGAUCCCGAGGCAGCGCAAUUUCUGCGUGGACUGUACAUCUAUGCGUAUAGCAUGGGACAAAUCAGUAAUCAGAAGAAAGUCUGUGGAAGAUUGAUCCUCCCAGACACAGACACGGAGACGCCACGGCUUAAUAUUUAUCUCGGAUUCACCGAAGAGCUUUUGAAACUCUGCGCGUCUAUUGCAGAGCUCCCAUCUCUUCAGGACGACGGUAUCUCUCUGCGUCUGGCGGUUGCCUCAAUCAACGACUCUCUUCUGCAUUGGACAUCGUCUUCGUCUCGAUUAAAUAUCCCUCAAGAUCUCACAAAGUCCACCUUGACCCGGCUCAAGCUCGUCGCCGAAUGUUUUCGUGAUGCCGGGUUCAUUUACUUGCAUUCAAUCCUCGAACGGAUAAAAACAGGCACGUCUACCCCAUGUGACGACACCUCCGGCUCGAACGAUUGGUCAUCUCUCGUGACGACACCCAAAGACGUUGCUAUCAAUCGACUUUUGAGCCGCAUCCAAACCUUCCCACUAGGUGAUCACUGUGAAUACUCGGCUCUUACCUUUCCGCUUUUCAUUGCCGGGGCAGAAAGCGAAGUCUUUGAGUAUAGAGACCUCGUGCUUCGGUCGUUUGGGAAGUUGCAGGAAAACUUUGGAAUUGGAAAUACCAUCCGAGCCAAGGAGGUUCUGUGUGCCCUGUGGGUUCGACGGGAUGCCGCUCAGCAGGAUAGAUCUGUGAAGGUGCAUUGGAUGGAUGUUUUGGAAGAGUUGCAGUGGGAUUUGAAUCUUGCUUAG